AUGUCGGGCAACAACGCUGUUAUUGACGCUGGAUCGCAAUCCUACCAUCACCUAUUCACUCGAAGAAAGCCUAAGGACAAGGAGGAAUACCUCGGCGCUAUCCGUCUUGCGAGUGAUGACAAGAGUAUUGAAGGUCUCCCCAAGGCAACACCUCCUUCCCGAGAUGAUGGCAAGGCACAAACUGGAGUCUUCGCUACGGCCUUGUUACACUUAAGUGUGGAGGAUAUCGCAAACUCAAAGGAAGCGUACACAAUUGAGGACGCCAAGCUGAAGAGUGAAGCCGAUGCCCGAGUGAGGUCUACGCUGAGUAAACAGGACUCGACACGUGCUGUAUUGAACCAGAUGCGAACUGAACUUCAAGAGCUACAGGCACAAGACGCGGCGUUACCACCUCAAAGUCGCGUCGACUCGGAGGAGUGGGAGAUUGAUCUGGACUAUGGAGAUCUGUUGACUCGACAGGGCGAUGAGGCGUGCGAUGAAGUGCGCAAGGAGCUUGCGUUUGCAGUGGAGAAAGAGGAGCUUCUACUGCUUAAGAUGCGAGAGACUGGAUUAAGUGUCCAGUCCUUCCGCACCAUGAAGAUGCCGGCAACUUUACAGAAACGACUCGCAGAUAUCCACACUGCAGACGCUGCUGCCAAGAAGCAGCCAUCUACUGGAGCGAAGACUGGUCCACCUAGACGAGCGUCGGUAUUAGAUAUCAUGGAGAAGGACACUGCGCUGGACGAGGACUUUCCCUUAAAAGAAGACGAGCGACGUAAGCUCAUGAGUCAUAACGAUCCUGCUGUCGGCGGGAAUUGCGCAGCAUCAAGCGGUCCGACAGCAGUACAGGAGACUAGUGGGUCAAAGUCCGUUCACGGCUUCGAGGCGCGCAAACGACUGCGCACGGAGAGAAAGGAGAGACUGGCACGCUGGCAGAGCAACAAACCAGGCGAAGAUGCCGACGAUCCCAGAGACGUGGUCGCGAUCGCCUUUGCUCAACGCAACAUGGGCGACUACAAGCUGAAAACGGCUGCAGACUACGUGGUUCCAGAACAUCAGCGUGUCAACGCAGUGAAGAAAUUGAGGCAGAUGGCGCUCUUGGAGGAGAGUCUGUAUGCCGCACGCUUGCGCUUCAACGCCAAAGUGCUGGAGCUUCGCGAGUUGAAGGUGCAGCUGAUCAACGAGCUGCAUCGCGACCAGGAACGACUAGUCGAACUUCGAGCCGCAUUAGCGUCCAGCGGCGCAACACCAUCCAGCGUGUCGUCCAAAGAUCUAGUUGUGGACCUUCGCGAGUGGCCGGAGCAGCGGGAGUGCGUAAGCGACGCCGACAUUGAGCUCUUCCUUCGAGGGCAGAAGCGUCCGCAAUCAGCAGAUCGAUCCAUCGCUGCCGUCGCACGAGCUCUGGAAGGAACGUCGGGAAAGGAGGCUGCAAAGGGCGUCACCAUUGGCCAUUUACAUCUGCAGAUGGACGACGGUACGGCAGCUGCUGCGACGGCUUCGUCUGCACACGCGGGUGCUCUAAAUGUAGGAAACAUGGACGAGGAUGACGUGGUUAUCCAUGAAUACUUGAUGCGCCAAGAAGCGCUACUGCUCGAGCGCAAGCAGCAACGCGAGAUAGCGUCGUUUGACGCUGCUGUGGCUCACCUCCGUCAUGAGAAACUCGCUCUCGAGGAGAAGGCUGUGCAAGCAGAGUUCCUGACGCUUGUGAACGGCGGCACGGGGUCAAGUGUGACACCUCACCCGAGCUUUGCGGCGCUGCAGAAGCUGUUUAAGCGCAAGAUCAAGCGAGCUAAGAAGAAACCCGCUUCAGGUGGCAAGGAAGAAGGGAAAGAGCCUGACAGAGCGAGAGACGGCGAGGAGCAAGAAGACGACGAUGAAGAAGAAGAGGACGAGGACGAAGACUAUGACGAAGAUGACGACGACGAUGACGAAGAAGAAGAGGAUACUUGUCCGUCUGGAUGCGACUUGACUUUGUACGAGAAGGUGUUGGCCCUGCGUGAGAAGCGUGUCGAUGUAGACGACGCCAUGGGGGAGCUGAACAAGGCGAUCGAAGAGCUUCGGAAGGCCGGAGAGCGUCAGACAGCCAAGCAACGUGCGAUUGACAAGGAGCUGGCUGCCACGGAGCAGGAUACGCAGCAGUUCCAGAGUGAAAAGCAGUCGCGCUUCAACCAGCUGGACGUCGUAGUGCCGCUCAGUACGCGGCAACUAUGUUGUCUUGAAGCUCCGUCUCCGACUCGGCACAACUGGACGCUACCUGCUCAAGCUGCUGACUGCCUCGUGUUCACCACUCGCGCCUUCUCUGCGUUGUCCGAGCGUAUCGAGUCGCUGCAAGCAGAGAACAAGAAGCUGCGUCAGCAGUUCCGAGACCUCCACAAGCAGCAGAACGUGCUUGCUAAGGAGAAGCGUCAACAGCAAGAAGCCAUUGCAAGAGCUCAGGACCGCAGCGAGCAGCUCAUGCGACUGAAAUUCGGACAGCUAGUGGACCUGGAGGUGCUGGAUCGCGCUUGUGACGCGUCUUCGGUCGACGAGCUGCAGACUCGCGUCAAGUUACGCGAGGUCGAAGGUGAGCGAGCUCUGCGUCGUGCCAAGCAGACGCACCCGCAGCUGCAACACGCUAUUCUGCAGGCGACCGAGCAGAACACGGCCUUGUUAGCUCAGAUCGCUGCACUCACGGAGCGUCAGGCCGAACUGGAAAGCGAACUCAAUCGCCAUCAGGGUGGUGGCAGUAGCAGUGGGGACAGUGGCGGUGUACUCAGUCUUGACGAAGACGAGGCCUUGGUUGAGCGCGAGAUGAAGGAGCGCAACAAGCUCGUGCGGCUGGUGAAGCUGCAGGCCAGAGAAGUUGAAGCGCUCAAGCAGGAGAUCGGACUGCUGCGCGGCAAAGAUGGAAAAGUGUAUGCGCCUCGAGGGUAG